AUGUUGUGUGGUCGACUUCGGAAAAGCGGCUGGCUGGUCGCCAUGAGUGCGGGAGUGAGCGCGACAUUUCAUGAGUGCGCGAGAGUUUGUACGCGACUGCCUGUCCCAAUGUGCGCGUCAUGUUUCGUAGUGCGACGUUCCAAACGCCUUUAACUUUUUUGAAUAGCAAUAGCCAACGACGUCUUCUGCAGAUUCUCCCCCCGAUUCUUCCAUUAUUUCUGAUGCCGAACUGUUGAGGUCAGUUAUCAACAGCGACGCUGUAGUAUAGCCGUAUCGUCUUGCUGACGAGCGACGUGAAUGAUAAAGAUGGGCAUCAACGAAUGAGGGCAUUGUUAUGCACUUGCCCACUUGCCACGCGACGGUGGCGUCGGAAUAUCAUCUGAUUUAAUGCAGUUAGCGUCUUUUCCUCGCUCUCGUCGCCGCUUCCGACGCCAAGAAUUCACUUUUUCGCUUCAGGGAUGACCGACACUCCGUCGGCCGCGAUGCGGCGCAUCGCCGUUUUCGCUGUCGCCCUUCUGUUGGUCGACCGGUCCCGCUGGCCGUUCGUUUUUGUCGCCUAUGCGGUCUAUCGGCUGGCUCAGACCGACUUUGCUCAAAGAGCGGCGAAGACUCUCAAACGGGACAUCAGGCACGUUUUCUUUUGGCUUCGGAGAUCAGAUUUCUAGUUUCAAACUCAACGUUUUAAAGUUUAAAGACAUAAAAAAAUUAUUCAAACAAUGAAAAUCCUUAUCAGAGUUUUGUAACUCUGAAUAUUAGACAAAACUUUAGAAAAAUCUUUAGCUCGGCUCAUAACUACGUAAGAUAUUGAACCACCUUUAAUGAUAAGUUUAUUAUUUUUCAGCAUUAAAAACUAUUCUUUCAUUUUUUUUUCUAAAGGUGCACCAUUCUAAAACAGAACUUUCUCAAAACUUUUGAAAUUUCAGAAUUGUUGUUUUUUUGUUCUGAAAAAGGUUCAGCAUGCUUUUCCCAACAUUUCGUCUAUUUUCUAGUGCAAUAAAAAAACAUGGAAGACUGGUAUUAAUUUUUGUAAAACAAACACAUUUUUGUCUCACUCAAGAGAAAAAAAAAAGAAAAAAGUGGCGCCAAAGUUUCGGCAUUCUUUCAUGUUUUCUUGAAUGCAUUGAAGGCAAAUCUGGUUCUGAACAGCUCGUUUUAGUGGAUUGCGGCUGUUGAUAAAAGUGAAAAGGGAAAUCAAGCGACGACUGGCCGAGAAUCGCCCCAUACACGAAAUUUUCCUUGAACAGGUUUUCUUUUUUUACGUUCUCUUUUGGCCCCAUGUCAAGUUGAUUGAAUAUUUGUUUUUAACAGAAACAAAACCGAUUCGAAAACGGGAAAUUUUCCGCGGUCUAAACGUUUUUUUUUUUCAAUAGUCUCGGAGAAAGUGCGCUCCAUUGCAAACAAUUAUUUUGUUUUUUUUUUCUUUUGUCAAUUUUACAAAGUUAAUUUUUUUAAGGUCAAGAAGCAUCCUAAUAAGGUGGCAUGUAUCGAAAUCGAAAACUUCACGGGAGAUUACAUACGCGGAAUUGAACAAGUUGAUGAACAAAUAUGCCAAUCUGUUCAAGGUGAGAGUUAAAAAUUAUUCUUUCGAAAACAAUUUUUUAGGCCGACGGUUACAAACCAGGAGAUGUAGUUGCUCUGUUCAUGGAAAACAGCAUCGACUUCUUUGCUUUGUGGCUCGGACUGUCUAAAGUGAGGAAAUAUCUCUAUUUCAAACAUAUGAAAAAUAUGCAUGAGAAUUAUCGAUAGCACGAAACUUUUUGCUAAUUCAGUUUGAGAGUCAACUCGGAGUGUUUCUGUUAAACGCUAAAAAGUAAGAAUGGUCCAGAAAAAGAAAGCCACAUGGCGAUCUAAAAUUUUCUUGGUAUGUUAUUGAUGUGCUUUUUUUUAAUGAAAACGCAUUUUUCGAUCCUUUCAAGAUUACUUUUUGUAUGAAAGUUUGAACGGAAAAGUCGACUACCAAAGCAAACUAAGCAAAAAAAUUAAAUUAAAAAAAUAUGAGGUGUGUAUACCUAAGUGCACAAAAAAAUUACAUUCCAAAUUCGUAAAUCUUAAAAAAACCUUAAAAAAACAAGAAAAGAGACUGUUUAAAAAAACAGUGAGGUUUGAAAAACCACUAGAAUCUUUGUGGUCUCCAAGUUCUUGAUGAGAUUUUUUUGGUUCAUCUAGUCUAAAAACUUCAGGGUAUAAUGGUUCAUUAGAACAAAAAAAUAUUUCUUUUUUUCUCAUAGGAAGAACUACGUUUAAUAUUUUUUUCAAAAAUUAAUUUACGUUGCCUACAGUUUGUUGAAAAAUUUCUCUCUUUUUGAGAACUUUAUUUCUUGGUUCUUCAGUUAGUUCUUUUCCCGUCAUAGAUAAUUUUAAGACGAUCGUUUCGAGAAAGCGUGUAUUUUGUUCCCAAAUCAGCGGCAAAGACUAUGGAUCACUUGCGUAAUCUUUAUUACACGUGUGAUAAAUGGUCCGAAUUCCAGGUCGGAGUGAUCUCGGCGUUCAUCAACUCGAAUCUUAAAAUGGAGCCACUCGCGCAUUCGAUCAGAGUGUCAAACUGUCGCUGCGUUAUCACGACAACGACGUUGCUCUCGAGUGAGGGACCAAAGUAUAAGCGACCUCUUAUCAACUGACUUAUUUUCAGCUCUCCGCUCCGCUAUUGAUAAGGAGCUUCUGUCGUCUGAGACAAACAUCGUGUUAUCGAGCGGCCAAUCCGAGGGACUUCGAACUCUCGAGACUGAACUCCCGAAUGUUUCCACCGCCGAGCCCCAUUGCCCGGAAGCGAAUUUCCAGAGUUUGAACAUUCUGGAAGCUUGAUACAGACUGACGAGCUUUUAGGCGUUUUGUGCUAUAUUUACACUUCGGGAACGACAGGAAACCCCAAACCAGCUGUCAUCAAGCAUUUUAGGUUGGAAACAAGAUUUAAUAGAUGUGGAACUCAACUGAUUCAAUGAAACCGUAAAGUAGGCAAUUCGAACAAUAUUCUAUCACAAAAUUUUCCUAAAACCUCGAUAAUUUGGAAAAGUUGAUAAUUGUGAACUGAAAAAAAUAUAUAAUUUUUUUCAAACCUCAGAUCUUGAUAAGAAUACAUUUUUUGGAACCUAUCAAAUCAGGCGCAAAUUGGAAAUAAGAAAAAGUUGAAUCGAAAAAGUUUGUGAAAUUGUUUAAGCCAUAUAAAUAGAAAAAAAUUGCAAAAAGUAACAAAGUUUUUCCAAUUUAGACCUGCUGCAUUGAAAAAAACUUCGAUUUGAAUCUAAAAAAACCGUAUUUGAGUUUCUUUUUUUCUCCCAAAAAAAUUAUUUCUAUUCAUAGGAUCACAUCAAUCACAAUGAAAAAAAUCCGAGUAGCCUUGACUCAUAGAAUAAAACAUUCCACAUCAAAAGAGAUCAUGAAAUAAGUUUACAGAUACUAUUGGAUUUCCAUGGGCUCCGUGAAUUCUUUCGGCCUUAAGUCUGAUGACGUCAUCUAUAUCACCAUGCCGAUGUAUCAUUCAGCUGCUGGUAUUAUGGGUAAAUCAUCAGUUCAAUGAAAAUAUGAUCUGAAAUCCAUGUUUUCCAGGAAUCGGAUCCAUCAUUUCACUGGGAACGACCGUCGUCAUCCGCAAAAAGUUCUCGGCGUCCAAUUUUUGGAAAGACUGCGUUAAGUACAACUGCACCGCCAGUCAAUACAUCGGAGAAAUUUGCAGGUAAUGAAGCAAUUUUUUGAUAAUAUUCAGUUCUUUUUUCUUGCAGGUACCUGUUAGCCCAACCUCCAUGCCCUGAAGAAAAGAACAACAAAAUCCGCAUAAUGUGGGGCAACGGCUUGAGACCGGAAAUCUGGAAAGACUUUGUGGAGAGGUUCUAAAAAAAUCUGUCUUGUUGAGUACGGAUCACUUCAGAUUCGGAAUCGCGAGAAUCGGAGAACUUUAUGGAUCUACCGAAGGAAACUCCAACAUUGGUGAGUUGUUUUUUCAACUUGAGAACUUCACUAGUUCUAAAAAAUUCUCUGUUUAUCUUGAAAUAUGCGCAAAAAUUUUCGACGUUUUGAGAGAAAACUGUAAAAUGCUCUCUGAAGUUAUUUUUUUUUCCUUGAAAAAUCACGUUUCAAAGUCUUUCCCUCUGUCAUGAAAACUCGAAAAAGUUUGAUACUUCCAAAUAUCCAUUUGAAAUGAGUCUGAUUCAGUUAAUAUCGAUAACCACGUUGGCUCCUGUGGUUUCAUGCCAAUUUACACUUGGCUCGGGUUCCUGUAUCCAGUUCGUUUGAUCAAAGUUGAUAAGGAAACUGGAGAGCUUGUUCGAACAGAGGCAUACAUUUUCUUUGUAGCUUGAGUCUAUUUGUGACUUUCAGAAAGGUCUUUGUGUCCCGUGCAAGCCGGGAGAAAUUGGAGAGAUGGUCGGCGUUAUCAAGAGUCAGGUAACUGACUUGGCAGUUUGACGCCAACUGAUAAUUUUUCCUUGUCAGGACGCUUUGUUGAAGUUUGAAGGAUAUGUAAAUGAGGGCGACACGCAGAAAAAAAUCUACAAGGAUGUGUUCAAGAAGGGAGAUCGGGUACUCAGAUAAAAAUAUCAUCUUUUUUAAUAGAUAAGUUUCAGUGCUUUGCCAGUGGAGAUGUUCUUUAUUGGGACGAGUUGGGCUAUCUUUAUUUCAAAGAUCGUUGCGGUGACACUUUCCGGUUAGACUUCUUGAGCCCAAAACUUUUUUCUUAGCUUUCUCCUCGUUUCAACUUUCAAAACUUCUUUAAUGUAAAUAUCUUUUUUUCAGAUGGAAGGGUGAAAAUGUGUCGACAACAGAAGUUGAAGGCAUUUUGCAGCCUGUCAUGGAUGUUGAAGAUGCUACUGUAUACGGAGUUCAGGUCAACUUUUCAAUCCAUUUUUCUUUAGUAUCUAGAAACUGAGUCGUUUCGAAAUUGCUUCUUCUCAAACAGCAAUAUAUAACAAAUAUCAUGUUCUUUUUUUAUUGGAAAAAAAUAUAAAAAAAUGUAAUCGAGGCCCUAUAACGUGACUCAAAAACAAACAGCUUGAAAUAAUUUUUAGAUGGCAAUCAGGGUAGAUCAAAUCUCAUUUUGGAGUAUCUGGAAAAUAAAAUUUUGCAAGUGGCAGCCGAGAGAGACAAACAAAAGCGUGUAUUACACUUCUAUAAGACCCGAUGAAAUAAUAUAUUUUGUUCGAUCGGUUUGAGAGUUUUUUUUUCAGGUUGGUAAAAAUGAAGGACGAGCGGGAAUGGCUUCGAUCGUUUUGCGUGACGGUUGCGAUUUGGAGAAAUUCCUGAAAGAAACGGCAUUGCGGCUGACUUCGAACCUUGCCAUGUACGCCGUUCCUCUCUUCAUCCGAAUUUGCAAAGAAGUCGACAAAACUGGUAAGUCCCGAUUAAGACUAUCAUUUUAUGGGAAUUUCCUAGGUACUUUCAAACUGAAGAAGACAGACCUGCAAAAAGACGGAUUCAAUCUCGCCAAGUGCAAAUCGGACAAGUUAUUCUACUGGUCUUCCUCUGAAAAGCAGUACUUGCCGUUGGAUGAAAAUAUGCAGGAAGAUAUUGAUAGCGGGAAAUACAAUCGAUUUUAA